UCCAAAGGAAAAGAAAUAAUGAGUGCGUUAAGAAUACCACCUCUUCCAUCGGUACGUGAUUUGGUAAAACUUUACCGAAUAAGAGCUAUUAAGCAGCUGUCUCAAAAUUUUUUGAUGGAUAACCGUUUGUGCGAUAAAAUUGUAAAAGUUGCGGGUAAGUUAAACAAUGCACAAGUAUUGGAAGUUGGACCAGGACCUGGAGGGCUGACUCGAUGCAUCAUUAAAAGGCAGCCGAAAAGACUAGUUGUGGUAGAAAAGGAUGAAAGGUUUAUGCCAACGCUAGAAAUGUUAGCCGAUACAUUUUCAACUAUUGGAGGGAAGAUGGAUAUUAAGCUGGAUGAUAUCAGAUCCAUAAACAUGGCAAACGUAUUCUCAGAAGAUGAAAAAAGACAAUGGGAUGACAUUUGUCCAAAGAUGUAUAUCAUUGGCAACCUCCCAUUUAAUAUUUCAACACCACUUAUUAUAAAAUGGCUGAAGGACAUAUCGGAAAGAAAUGGAGCAUGGUCUAUGGGCAGAGCUCGUCUUACUUUGACUUUUCAAAAAGAGGUGGCAGAACGCUUAGUAGCCGAACCUUGUGAAGAUCAAAGAUGUCGACUUUCCAUGAUGGCUCAAGCUUGGACAAAGCCACAUCUGGAAUUUGUCAUUCCUGGAAGAGCAUUUGUACCAAAGCCAGACGUUGACGUAGGAGUAGUAACGUUCACCCCAUUGGUCCAUCCUCUUACAGCCCAUAAUUUUCAACUUUUUGAGAAAGUUGUCCGUCACAUUUUUAGUUUUCGUCAGAAGUACUGUAUUAAGAGCAUUGGGACUCUAUUCCCUCCGGACAACCGAGAGAUGCUGGCUGCACUAAUGUUUAAACUCUCCGAUCUAGAUCCAACUACUCGGCCGUUUCAAUUAUCAAUUAAGGAUAUGGAUAAGCUUUGUACAGCGUACAUAUAUCUUACAGAGAAGCAUCCCGAAAUUAAGUUGUACGAUUACAGAAGCAGUCACUGCGUUUUACCGUCGAGCUUGGCAAAAAAUAUCCAGAUAGAAGCGGUGGCGUAGAGAUGCAAUCAAAUUUGUCAUGUUUUGAUACGUAACUGGAUAUUACUGUACGGAGUAUCGUUUUCUUGUUUUUAUUAAAACGUAAGCUCUGUCACACUUUAGUAUGGUAGUGGUUUCAAUGCGCGUAGAGCCGUACGAGCUCGGUGUAAACGUGUGUAUGUACAACAGAUUAAAGCUUAAAUAAAAUGCGGUAUAACGUA